AUGGAGUCUCCUUUUCCCAAAUCAUCUUCAGUGGCCGGCGAAGGCGAGAUCAUAGCCCAGCUCCUGCCCAAUGGCUUGUCAGGUCUCAAGGGCAUGUCAUACCAGUACCCCCUGAAACUCAUCUCUCCGACACCGGCAGCCGACCAGAAAAGCGUUCUGGUAUUUCUGCUUUCCUACGGCGGUGGACUUGUCGGGGGCGACAGCGUCAAUCUCUCUAUCCGCACUCUACCGGGAUCAAAACUCAGUAUUGUCACACAGGGUCAUACGAAGAUUUUCAAGUCCGCGUCUCCUGACAUCGUCACGCGCCAAACGCUCAGCGUCCACAUAGAAGAUGGUUCCGGCAUCUGCCAGUUGCCAGAUCCAGUUCAGCCUUUUGAUGGAAGCGUUUACGAGCAGACUCAGAUAUUCACAGUUGCCCCCAACGCUUCUCUGUGUCUACUGGAUUGGGUGACGCAAGGCAGAACGGCGCGUGGUGAGGAUUGGAGCUUUGUCAAAUGGACAGGACGCAACGAAAUCUGGCUGGAAAAACAAGUGCCCAACCAAAAGAACCGUUUGCUGGUGCGAGACACAGUCAUCCUAGACAGAGACAGCCAAGGCCUAGUAGGGAGAUCGCUACGAGACUCUAUGCAUGGAAACGGCCUCUUUGGAACUUUGAUCUUGAGAGGGUCCCAGAUGCAAUCAUUAGGCAAUUUCUUCCUCGAAGAGUUCGGUGCUUUGCCUCGCAUUGGCGCGAGGGAUUUCAGAUCAGCCGAGGCCAAGGCCAAGGAAGAAAGCAACUUGACUGAGCAUGAAUUAUGGAGGCUUAAGCGCAUAGAGAUGGAGACGAAGGAAGGUAUCUUGUGGUCGGCUGCGAGAGUCAGGGGAUGUGUUAUUGUGAAGUUUGGAGCAAGUACAGUUGAGGCUGGCCGGCUGUGGAUUGGCAUCAUGCUGAGUCGAGAAGGCACGGUUGCAAGAGUCUAUGGAGAGCAAGCAUUGAUUACAGAGUACUGCUCAAGGCCAGUGAGCAGUGCGCACUCACUCAAGUUGAGUCGCAUCGAAUCUGAAGGCGCCUCUGGUGCUAUAUACAAGGAGCAUACACCACCACCAAAUACUAUUCUUUACCCUGCCAUUGUCGCAUACCCAACUCGAAAAUACGGCAACGUUCCACGAUCAGUCACAAAAACGACAAAGGAGAUCGUUCUGAGUCCGUUGCUUACAUCCCAUUGCCCUCAGUCAUCAUGCCAGAGGGAGCGCCCCCGGCUCGAGGCGCUGGCAGGGGUCGACCCCGAGGGACUAGAGGAAGAGGAAGAGGAGCUGCUAGCAGUGCCGCACCUAGCACCGAGGGACCAAAUUCGACUUCGAGACCAUCUUCAGCACUGGGAACAGCUUUGGCAACCGCUGUACCUUCCAGAACCGCAACACCCAAUCCUCCCGCAACCCGAGGCACUUCAGCCAGCAGAUUUCGCCCCAGAACAAGAGCUAGAGAAGGACAAUGCGAGGGCAAAAGCAGAAGCUCGCGCUCAAGCUCGCUCCCGAGGCCGCAGUCGGCGAGCUCGUGGUGAUGCCAUGGGUCGUGGUGGUUUCAUGUCGCGAGCAGCGGUUGCUAGUGGCCCGUUCUCGCAAAUGACAACAGAAGGGGGUGGCAGAUCCGGCGGAGGAUGGGGCGGUGGUGGUGGUGGUGGAGGCGGCGGAGGAUUCUUUGGCGGCGGAGGCGGCGGCGGCCGAAAGAGAGAGGGUGGCGCGUUUGGAGAGGCUUCAGGCCAUCGCGAAGCACGAAUCAACGCCGAUAGACUCGCCGGAUAUCCUGUCGAUCGCGAACCCGACUCUGACGACGAAGAGACGGCGGCCCUCAUUGGCGCAAAGCCUGGUAACAUUUGGCCCAUGGGUAUCGCCCGUAUCGACAAGAAAGAAGAGAAGAAGACGAUUGCGACCUCGGCCGAACUUGAGGCAGAAGAACAGGGCAAGGCCGAAGAGAGCCUCUUUGUUGAAGGCGAAGGAUGGUCUGGUGCCAUUCCCCCGAUGGAAGAUGAGACAAAGGUCUGGCAUGCGGCACCCAAGGGUGUGGUCCAGGUCAAGGCAGAACCUGGCGGCGAACCAGGUGCUAUGGAUAUUGCGCCGGUCGACUUCAACGCCCACAUCAAAUCCGCGACUCCCGAAGCCGAGGAAGAGAAGAUCACUCCUGAACCGAAGACAAAGAAGGCAAUGGCCGAUCCCGAGGUGGAAAUGAUUACACACGACAUGGAGCUUCUGUUGGGCGAACUGGGCACUGUCACCGACGAAAACUCCAAGGCACCAGAGACAGAGGUUGCGAGCAAGGACGGACGUCUAUACCUCUUCCAGUUCCCGCCCUUGCUGCCGCCACUGCAACCUGCGACUGCGCCCAAGGUCAAGCCAGAGCCCGACGAUGUUGUCAUGCUCGACCAGCCGGGCGAAGCUGUCGACCUCACACAGGCGGAAGAGAGCUCUAAACCCAAGGUCGAGGACGAUAUUGACCUCACAGACAUUAACCAGUUGGUCUCCCAGGCUGGAAUGAUGGGCAAGCUCAAGGUGCGCAAGUCUGGAAAGGUCGAGCUGGACUGGGGAGGCAGAACACUCGAACUCAGCCCGGCUGCGGGCAUGAACUUCUUGACUACGGCAGUGAUUGUAGAGGAGUCAGACGAAAAGGCGAAACAAGGUGUUCCUGGUGGAGACAGUAUUGGCAUGGGUAAGAUCAUGGGCAGAUUUGUUCUCGCGCCGACUUGGGGUGACGAGGAAGAGUGGACGGUUGACCCAGAGGAUCUUGUUGUUCCCGAAGCUGAUCAAAUGCCAACAGAUCGGACGGGGGAACAUCAUAAGCCGCUAGUGGACUUGGCCCCAAGUCUUGUUUGGGAGUUCGGACUGCUCUCAAAUGGGACGAACCCGAGGGACGGCGCCGUCCCGUCGACGCGGUGGCGGCGCUUAUGUCUGCAGUAUCUCGUCACGAUUCUUCAAAUGACCAUUUCCAUGCGGCCAGCUUUCUUUGAAGGUCUGGUCAAACCGAUCAUGAUGAGAAGAGAUUUCUUACCAUCCAGCAUGGAGGGACACACUCAGAACAGCUCCAACAACGAUGGUAUACAUGUGAUCAUCAUCGGCGCGGGUCUUGCAGGGUUGGCAACGGCCCUCUCGACCAAACUCGCGAACCCUUCUCACCGAGUGACGAUCCUCGAGGCAGUCAAGGAACUGCAGGAAGUCGGUGUAACCCUUCCACGUAUCAGCGCUUCUCAGCUCCAAACUUCGUCGAACUCACAAGAGACAAAAUCGCAGGCCGGCCUCCAACUCACACCAAACGCGACGCGCCUCCUCGAAGCCUGGGGUCUCUUCCCGGCCCUCGCCCCCCUCGCGACCGUUCCCUCGACCCUCUCUGUCCACCGCUACGACGGCACCCGCCUCCUCGCCCACGAGCCGCGCCUCCAGGAAACGAUCCAGUCCCGCUACGGCCAUCCCUUUUGGGGCCUCCACCGCGUCGAGCUCCAGCGCGCCCUCGUCGACCGCUGCGCCGCCCUCGGCGUCGACAUUCGUCUCGCUUCGCGCGUCCACUCCGUCGACUUUACCAGCGCGACAGUCACUCUCGACCCGGGAUCGGAUUCUUCAUCACUCUCCUCCACAGUCUCCGGCGAUGUAGUCGUCUGCGCAGACGGAAUGUGGUCCGCCACCCGCGCCCAAUUCCUCAACCGGCCCUCGCCCCCCUCCCUAACAGGCGACCUCGCCUUCCGCAUCGCAAUACCCAUCGACUCCCUAAAGGGCCCUCACAAAGCCGAGCUCGAGGCCUUUAUCGAAUCCGAAACCGUACACUUCUGGAUCGGGCCCCGGGGCCACGGCGUCUCCUACACCGUCAAGCAGGGCCGCAUGCUCAACCUCGGUCUCCUCUCUCCCGACAACCUCCCCGAGGGUUCGACAAAAGUCGUCGGCGACGUCGAGGAGAUGCGCGGCCUAUUUUCCAACUGGGAUCCCCUGCUCCGCAAACUGCUUGACCAGGUGGAGAGCGUGCACAAGUGGAAGCUCUGCUGGAUCGAGCCGCUGGACGAGUGGGCGAGCAAGGACGGGAGGUUUUUCAUGGCGGGGGAUUGUUGUCACCCGAUGCUGCCCUAUCUCGCGCAGGGCGCGAAUUCCUCGCUUGAAGACGGCGCCGUGCUUGGCCACCUGCUCGGCAAAGUUGGCGGCCGCGCAACAGAGACCGAAGCUGGAGAGAGUUCGAGCUCGGCCUCGGCCUCGGCCUCGCAGCUCGCUGCCGUGGCGGCCAUGUACCAGCGUCUUCGCAUGGCGCGAGGCCAGCGCAUCGUCAUGGAAUCCUUUGCGCAGCGCGAUGACUUCCACAUGCCCGACGGCCCCGAGCAGGAGCGUCGCGACGAGAUCAUGACGGCGUCGCUGGUGCCUGGGGAGGAGCCGCGGCCGGGGUUCCCUUCGCGGUGGACAUGUCCUGAUAUCCAACAGUUUCUAUACUCGUAUGAUGCGUAUGAGGAAGCGGAGGCGGCUUACAAACAGGAUCCGUUCUAA